CACCGACACUGUAUGCUUUUUUUUAAUCGAUAAAGUCUCUUACACUUACAUUAAAUCAGUGUGGGUUUUUUUUGAAUCAGUAAUUUUUUACAACUCUGGCAAAUGCGAUGCACCUUAGGUUGAAACAGAAAGUACAAAUUAUCGGAAAUGAUAACGUAGAGUGCGCAUAUUGUUCUUCACCAGGAUGUCGUGUCUGACUGUUUUCAUCCUAGUCGAGGCGCUGAUCUUCCUGGCAGGAAUUCUGUCCCCUGGAUGGGUCAGGAUCGUCCAGGAGAGUUUGACUUAUGGCACAAACAGCACAAACUACGGACUCUUUUACUACAUGAAAUGUACGAGGGAUGGCUGUUUAGCUAACACAUUCUAUGAAGACUCGUUCAACCACUCUUACCAAGGAGAUGAUUUAUAUCCAAGGUACAUUGCAGCGGAGUUCAACGUUGGUUUUGCGGUCAUCCUUAAUUUCUUUGCAUUCAUCACAACAAAGUGCGCAACCAGAAGAAACAGAGUUAAUACUACGAAAAACGUGCUGGAAUAUGUGAUACCUCUGUUUCUUAUGACAGGCUCGUUUUUCAUAAUGUUUACGGUCAUCGCUGAAUACGUGACCAUUUAUCUCCUGGCAAAGAAGACGACUGGCACCAGCAGUAUUGACGUAUUCGAUCCUGUACAUGUUGUAUCAAAUGUAAAGACCCCGUAUUCUUUGAUAAUCACAACUAUCGCAAUGUUGUUCAAAUCAUCCAUCAUCGUCUAUUUAAUGGGCAAAAUCCGUAGCUUGCCCGAGGACUCGCCUGUCAACAACGAAACUCUUCCCCCUCCGUAUCAAUCAUUCAGUAACGUAGGGAGUACCCAAAAUAACCCUUACACUACAAACACAACACGGCGACCAGGUUCUCGUUCUACAACGCCAACCCCAGUGUAUUAUGGGUCAUCCGACGCAACGCAACCCCUUCUUUCUGAACCCCGAGAAGUGUUCCCAAAUUACCAUGGAAAUAACACAAUGGAGCGGCCAUUACCGAAUGCCCCGGCACAUUACAACCCGUUUGACGAAAGAUCCGACCAACCAUGAUCCACAAUUACUCCACAAAUGGUAUAGCUUAGAGACUUAUCUUUUGACGAAAAGUUCGACGACCCUAAGUGGAUACAAUUCUAGAGACCGUACAAGUUCACACCGUACAAGUCCUUUGACGAAAGUCCGACAACUGAAAAUGUUUUAUUAAUGAUGUUAUGUAUCUGUGGUUUGACGAAUGGCUCCGUCCAACAACGGUAGUAUGACAAAUUCAUAUUUAGUUUAGGUAAAUGAAGUGUAUAUAUCUCGAAUGACAACUUGCAUAAUUGACUCUGUUUUACAAACUCGCACUAUUGACUUUAUCACGAAUAAGCAAAUUUAAGCACAUUUACAAAAGAAUACGAUUUUGAUCUAUUAAUAAUCUUUGUGAUUUCUGUAAGAGAAUGUUAUCCAAUCGGAUUUUUAUAAAGAACUCAAUUUCAUCAUAAAAUAGGAACCGUUACAAGGUAAAUGUUUUGAAAUGAAUUAUGUUUAUAAAGAUAAGUUGUUGCGUCUUUACUUUGACUGCUUUUGUUAUGUCAUUUUCUUGCCACGUGUAUCUGUUCUUUUUAUCAUGAUUUCAAGUUGGUUGUUAAGAUAAUAGCCUAUUAUUUUAAGCUUCAUAUAUUCAAACAAUUUUUGUCUAUUUUUGGAGAAUGAAGUUAUGUCUAUGUUUCGAAAUUCAUGUUUUAUUUGUUUUAGAACUGCUGUAUAUUAAUUAUACAUUU